AGCGUGUAUGACCGGGGGAAUCUUUGAUGGACUACCGUUUCGUAAUGGAGUCACCCCUUCAUAUCACUGUCUGUUGUCUGAGACGAGAAAACAAUCAUCUGCAAUCGGUGAAGCAGUAGGAGCGUGUUUAUUAACACGAAAAUUGGGCGGAAGUGUGCACUCAUAACCAACAGGUUUAUGGAGCGGUGCCUUACUGUCGCAAAGUUAUAGAUGAAUCGGAAUGCGGCAAUGUGGUAGCACACGUUGAGAAGUGGGACAGCACCUCGGGAUUAUAGACAGAAAUGUGAGGUGAAAAAGAAAAAAAAAACCAAAACAAAUGCUGAUCCCGGGGACCCAGGGCGUCAGUAGCAGCAGACUAUUUUAAGUAUUCGGAAAGCUAGGUAGCUAACCGUUAGAUUGGUGGUUGCGAUGUUCCUAGCAGUUUGCAAAAACAACUUGGUAACUUGUGCGAAAGGGCACGUACUCACUUUUACCCAGAGUUGCGCUACGUCUACUUCACUUGCUCGGUGCUCAAAUGUUUGUAAGGGAGUGCCGAGUUCGUGGGUCCAGAAAACAUCACUAAAGACCGUAAGAACAGAGAAGAAAUGGUUCCAAAGAUUGAAAAAUUCGCUGUCUUCUUUAGGGCAGUGGCCCAGCUUCAUGCACUUUCCUGCGAGCAAAUUGCAUACUCGCAGAUCAACUUUUAACGCUGGGUUUCUUAGUGAAUUCGAAAAGGACGGUUCAACACGCGUCGUGUCCACAGCUGUACAACGAACGCCGCAAGGGAGUAUUUGUGAGACUCAGGAGAAAACGAACCAUUUACAUAACAUUAACGUCACCGCUGUCCCCAGGUCGAGGGCACGAGGUUUUAACUAUUCAGCGCUUCCGCUCGAUUUGACACCUGUCCUCCGUGUCAGUGUUACACCUGUAUAUUCAGGUGCACGUCAACAAGAACGCAGGGGCUACAGUAGCCUUUCCUCGGGAAACCCGAAGUCUGACGGAAAGGAGGUUCAGCCGAAACAGGAUUCCACAAGGGACACUAGCGCACCCACGCAAGGUGACUCUCUAAAGGCUGCUAAUGAAGGCUCGUUUCACUUUAAAGAGCUGUAUGAAAAUCCAUGGACAAUUCCAAACUACCUGUGCAUGGCCAGGAUAGCGCUGGCUCCGGUGCUGGGAUAUCUGAUCGUGGAACAGUAUUUCCAUGCCUCUCUUGGUCUUUUUGCUCUUGCUGGAGCCACCGAUUUGCUGGACGGCUACAUUGCACGCAACUGGGCCAAUCAAAAGUCUGCUUUAGGCAGCGCUCUUGAUCCAUUGGCUGAUAAAAUCCUUAUCAGCGUCCUGUACAUCAGCCUGACCUACGCUCAACUAAUCCCAGCUCCACUCACUGCGUUAAUCAUUUCACGGGAUGUGGCUCUGAUUGCGGCCGUCUUCUAUGUCCGCUACAAAACGGUUCCACCUCCGAUAACUCUCAGCAAGUUCUUCAACCCAUGUUACGCCACAGCUCAGCUAAAGCCAACACUAAUCAGCAAGGUGAACACAGCGAUUCAGCUGGUCCUGGUAGCAGCGUCGUUGGCAGCGCCCGUGUUUCACUACACAGACAGCCUGUUCCUGCAGUCCCUGUGGUAUGUCACUGCACUGACGACUGCAGCCUCGGGAUACAGCUACUAUCACUACGGGAAAAAGACAGUUGAAGUUCUGAACAACAGAAAGUGAUGCCAUGGAAACGGCAGCACUUCACGUGGCCGCAGGAACACCAUUUGGGAACUCUUUUGGAUAAUCAUGCCGUGUAAAUACUCAAACUGGCCUGGAAACGAAUUCCAAGCCAUCAUCAUUAAAUAUCCGAAUGUCUUUUUUUGUAGUGUAAAUUGGACUUCCACAUCUUGGGGUGUAGAAGAAGGUAUUUUGCUAAUCAUAGACGUGAUACCUCUGUGGACAUGGCAGAGGCACUAUACCAGUGACAGUUUUAUAUCCCAAUGAUACAAAUUCUCAAACUCAUCAGAAUAAAGAGAUC